UUUCCCAUUUUUGACAUAUAAAAUAAGUGCAUAGUGAUUUUGAUUUUUAUUUCCAAGCAUUGUUGUAAUUCUAUGCAAUAAUUUAUAACAACAAUAAAGUACCUAUAGGGUAAUUUUACAAUUCUACUUAUGACAUAGAAGUGUUAGAUAAUAUGGGUGAUGUUAACGAUGAGUAUUACGGUGACGGGUCAAUGGAGACAUUAUCUGCACCCACUGAAGUCACCUAUAACUGGGUGGACAUCACGGAUGAAUUCUUCAAAAAUAUUAAAGAUCUCCAGCUUGGUGAAUUACUCCAUGAUGGACAUCUUUUCGGUUUAUUUGAGGCCAUGUCAGCCAUUGAGAUGAUGGAUCCCAAGAUGGAUGCAGGAAUGCUUUGUAAUCGGGGGCAUCCAAAGCCACUUAAUUUCCAGCAAGCUGUUGCUGCUGGCAAAUUAAAGAUAGAUGACUUGGAUCCGAGUGAGUUGAUUGGAAUCAUUGAUGCAACAAUGGCUUGUAUUGUCUCUUGGCUAGAAGGACAUUCGUUAGCACAAACUGUUUUCACGAAUCUCUAUUUACAUCAACCACAUUCAAUCAUUAAUAGACCGUUAAAAGCAUACUGCAUUGCUGUCUAUAAACUAUUGGAUUGUAUUAGAGAUUGUAUUAAUAAAGCACAAGUCUUUGAAGAGGAGGACUUCCAACCAAUGAGUUAUGGGUAUUGUCUGGGGUCGAAUCCUCAAUCAGUGAACACUUAUGAUGCUAGUCUUGAUGUUAAUGAGCAGAAAUGUAUAGCUUUGCUCAGAGAACAGGAGGAGGAGUUGAAUAAGAAAGCGAGAAGUUCUGAGGAUGAGGCCAAUAAUCUCUGGACAGCCUUGGCAGCAAGAAUAAGAUUUACUAGAAUGUUCUAUCAGGCUUUGUUGUUGAUAACGAAGAGGGAUUCCCAGUCCGGUGCGGAUUGUGUUGCAUUGUUGAACGGAUGUUCAGAGAUGAUGAAAGUUAUUAUAAAAACUGCCAGUAAAGGAACACAACCGCUAGAAAAUUCGGAUUCUCCCAAUGCGAUGGGUUUCGAGCCGAUGAUCAACCAGCGCCUGCUGCCGCCGACGUUCCCGCGGUACACGCGCAUCAAGCCCAGGAACGAAGCGCUGCAGUAUUUCGACGAGCUCAUAGCGAGGCUGCGGCACGCUUGGAAAAUUACAUCUUGUACGAAUUUUCAUACUGCUUUGGAUUUCUUCAUGGAAUUCAGUCGGUCGCGCGCGUGCAUCCUGUCGCGGUCGGCGCUGCAGCUGCUGUACCUGAGUCCGUCGCCCGCGAGCACGGCGUCGCUGGCGCAGGCGGGCGGGCCGCAUGCACCUCACGCGCCUCACGCGCCACACGCCUUCGCAGAUAUACUGCGGGAAUCGCUCAAAUCCUUCGUCAACCCGCCAGCGUUGACGUCUAGGUCGCCUGCGAUAUCUACGCCGCAGGCGCGCGAGUUCGUGGAGAACUUCCUGGCGCGGUGCGUGCGUCCGUUCGCGGUGCUGGUGCAGGUGUGCGGACACAACCGCGCGCGGCAGCGGGACAAGCUCGCGCUGCUGCUCGACGAGUUCGCAGCGCUGCAGGAAGAGGCGGAGAGUGUCGACGCGGUGGUGACCGGCGCGGCGGGAGUGGCGGGGGCGGGGGCGCGCGCCUGCUUCAGCACGUGGGUGCUGUACCACGUUCUACGUCUCAUGAUCGCAUACCUUCUCUCCGGACUCGAACUCGAGCUGUACGCGGUGCACGAGUAUCACUACAUAUUCUGGUAUCUGUACGAGUUCUUGUACGGAUGGCUGGUGUCGGCGCUGGGCCGCGCGGAGUCGCUGGCGGGGCUGGCGGGCGAGGCGGCGCGGCGCGCGGAGGGCAGGCGCGGCGGCGCGCGGCGGCAGCGCCGGCGCACGCGCCCGCACCACCGCGAGGGGCUCAUGUGCCAGGUCCUGCAGAACAUGUGCGGCGGCUUCUACAAGGCCCUGGUAGCGUUUAAGUUGCAAGGCAAGAUCCGCAUGCCGCAGUCGGAGUUCGAUAAUGAAGCGGUUCGGUACAAACACCGUUUCGCCCCUCUGUCCGUAUUCGCUCCGCCGCUAGUCCACUACCACGAGUUUUGUGAAAUGACACAGCCGUUACAGUAUGAGAAUCCAGCGAUACUGUAUCUCGGUGGCUGUAAACAUUUUCAACAAGCGAGAACCUUGUUGGAAACCAUAACGACGCCUGAUCAGGAAAUAACAGAUCUUCUGAAAGUGGCCAAAACGAAUUUCGUCGUAUUAAAAUUGUUAGCCGGUGGUCAUAAAAAGGAGUCGACCACUCCGCCAGAAUUUGAUUUUUCAGUUCACAGACAUUUUCCUAUAAUCAAAUUGGUGUAAUUGUAAUUAAGAUUAAAAGAUCUUCCAUUUUGUACAAUAAAAUAUUAUGUUGUAAGGUGUUAUAGAUUUUUCAAUGAAUUUCAAAUAUAUUUCAAAAUAUCAAGGUAUAGUGCCAUCUAUCAGCUUGCCACCACAGCGACGAAUAUAGUGGGUAAACAGAGAGAUAUUCAAGGCGGUUACAGCAUAAAAAUUUGACGUUGUCAUAAUUGAAAUCAGAAAUAACACGUAUGGUCCGUCUCUACUCAGGGACAUCUGAUGGUGUUAAGAUUAUUUGCUCACAAUGACGGAAAUUUAUAGUCUUAUUUUAGGUUGCUCUGCGGUAUUUUUCUGCAGAUCCGACUCGACAGUCCUAUUUCUGAUUGAGGUUAAUGUAUCGACUUUCAUUUUGUUAAACUCCUCAAACCUCCCCUUAAUAACGGUUAUCAAAGCCUCUAAACAAAUAAAGAGAAAAAAAAUAAUGGUUAUAAAAUUUGAGGAAUGAAGUUAGUAGCGUAACCCUAACACGUGUCUCUCUCUGUCGCGAAAAUGGACCAAUCAGAACAAAGUUAUUUUGACAUGUUUACAAGUGACUUAUUUUGAUUGGUGCAUUCUUGGAACCGGAUUAAAGAUUGAGAUUGGGAUAGUUUAUUGAAAACGGCCGUUAGUAUUAUGAUGUAAUAAUCGAAUAUUAAUAAAAGAUUUUUAAAAAAUUGUGUGCUGUUUUAUAGCUUGGCUACCAUAUUUUUUUGCGUUUGAACAUAUAAUUAAAUGGAAUUUAUGCACAUAGUAAUGUAUAUUUUAGUAUUGCCUAAUAAGGCAAAACUAGUGUGUUAUGAGUGGAUGUAUCUUUUUGUAAAAUAUUAAAUGAUAAAUAUACUUAUUUUAGUAUAAUAUUGAGGUAACCGAUAACUAGAUUCUGACGUAUGUAUAGAUUUUCUCUAUGAAUUUAAAUACAAAAGUAUUGAGAAGUUUUGUAUGUAGUUUCAGUGUAGCAUCGAAUUGUGCAAUAAAUGUAUUGAAAUAU